ACAUGAGGACCUGGACUAUUACACAGAAAAGCAUUUUCCUAAACCGUUCUGCUGCCAGCAGGACUGGGCCCGGGCCCAGGCCCGGGCCCGCGCCGCAGCAGAGACCGGAAAAGGCCAGCCCGCCAGCAUUCGCACCACCCCCUCAGCCCGCCCCGCGAUACCACGCCGCAGUUCCUUCCGGAGGCGCAGAAAGGUUUCGUCCCCGACCUCUCAUUGGUCGACGGUGCGGAGGGCGUGGCCUCCGGUGUCAGGUUCCGCGCGCCAGAGCCCGCUAACCGCAUUGCGAGCUGGGCCGGGAGCGGGCGCCAUGGUGCUGCUGCACGUGCUGUUCGAGCACGCGGUCGGCUAUGCGCUGCUGGCGCUGAAGGAGGUGGAGGAAAUCAGCCUGCUGCAGCCUCAGGUGGAGGAGUGCGUGCUCAACCUGGGCAAGUUCCACAACAUUGUUCGUCUCGUGGCCUUUUGUCCCUUUGCCUCAUCCCAGGUUGCCUUGGAAAAUGCUAAUUCUGUGUCUGAAGGUGUUGUUCAUGAGGACCUCCGCCUGUUCUUGGAGACUCACCUGCCAGCCAAAAAGAAGAAAGUACUCUUGGGGGUUGGGGACCCCAAGAUUGGUGCUGCUAUACAAGAGGAAUUAGGGUACAAUUGCCAGACUGGAGGCGUAAUAGCUGAGAUUCUUCGAGGAGUUCGUCUGCACUUCCACAACUUGGUGAAGGGCUUGACCGAUCUGUCUGCUUGUAAAGCUCAACUGGGGCUGGGACACAGUUACUCUCGUGCCAAAGUUAAGUUCAAUGUGAACCGAGUGGACAAUAUGAUUAUACAGUCCAUUAGCCUCCUGGACCAGCUGGAUAAGGACAUCAAUACUUUCUCCAUGCGUGUCAGGGAGUGGUAUGGAUAUCACUUUCCUGAGCUGGUGAAGAUCAUCAAUGACAAUGCUACUUACUGCCGCAUUGCUCAGUUCAUUGGAAACCGAAGGGAGCUGAAUGAAGAAAAGUUGGAGAAGCUGGAGGAGCUGACAAUGGAUGGGGCCAAGGCUAAGGCUAUUCUGGAUGCCUCACGGGCCUCCAUGGGCAUGGACAUAUCAGCCAUUGACUUGAUAAACAUCGAGAGCUUCUCCAGCCGGGUGGUGUCUUUGUCAGAGUACCGCCAGAGCCUGCACACUUACCUGCGGUCCAAGAUGAGCCAAGUGGCCCCCAGCCUGUCAGCCCUGAUUGGGGAAGCGGUAGGUGCGCGUCUCAUUGCUCAUGCUGGCAGCCUCACCAACCUGGCCAAGUAUCCAGCAUCCACAGUGCAGAUCCUUGGGGCUGAAAAGGCCCUGUUCAGAGCCUUGAAGACAAGGGGUAACACCCCAAAAUAUGGACUUAUUUUCCACUCCACUUUCAUUGGCCGAGCAGCUGCCAAGAACAAAGGCCGCAUCUCCCGCUACCUGGCAAACAAAUGCAGUAUUGCCUCACGAAUUGAUUGCUUCUCUGAGGUACCCACAAGUGUAUUUGGGGAGAAGCUUCGAGAUCAAGUGGAGGAGCGGCUAUCCUUCUAUGAGACUGGGAUGCUUCCACGAAAAAAUCUGGAGGUCAUGAAGGAGGCAAUGGUUCAGGCAGAGGAAGCGGCUGCUGAGAUUACUAGGAAGCUGGAGAAACAGGAGAGAAAACGCUUGAAGAAAGAAAAGAAACGGCUGGCCGCAAUUGCCCUCGCAUCUUCAGAAAACAGCAGUGCACUGGAGGAGUGUGAGGAGACUAAUGAAAAACCCAAAAAGAAGAAAAAGCAAAAGCUCCAGGAGGCGGUUCCUCAGGAGAAUGGAAUGGAAGAUCCACCUGUUCCUUUAUCCAAACCGAAGAAAAAGAAAUCUUUUUCCAAGGAGGAGCUGAUUAGUAGUGAUCUUGAGGAGACAACUGGCAGUGGGACUGUCCCCAAAAGGAAGAAAUCGCUCUUCAAGGAGGAACCGGUUAGUGACCUUGAAGAGGCAGGAAACAGGAGUGUCCCCAAGAAAAAGAGGAAAUUUUCUUCCAAAGAGGAGCCACUCAGCAGUGGACCUGAAGAAGCUGUUGGUAUCAAGAGCAGCAGCUCCAAGAAAAAGAAAAAGCUCCAAAAGCUCUCCCAGGAAGAUUAGAAUGGACAGUACCCUCCAGUGCCCAACCCCUUGUAUCCCAAUAAAAACAAAUUCACAAGACUUGACUG